ACCAAUCAUCUUGUUAUAAUUGAUUCUGCUCAAUCUGUCAUACUUGGUUUUUGGCCUGUUAAAAUCUUCAAGUUGCAGAAGCAGAAGCAAAACAUGGCUGGGAAAGGUUUCAGCAGUGAAAGAUGGUCUCUAAAAGGCAAGACCGCCCUCGUCACUGGUGGAACGAAAGGCAUCGGGUUUGCAAUUGUGGAGGAGCUAGCGGGACUUGGCGCAACUGUACAUACCUGUGCUCGUAACGAAGCCCUGCUUAAUGAGAGGAUUCAAGAAUGGGAGAGUAAGGGAUUUAAAGUGAGUAGUUCAGUUUGUGACCUGACCUCUAAAUCCCAAAGGGAGGAGCUGUUGGAGACUGUCUCCUCUGUUUUCGAUGGAAAGCUUAACAUCCUUGUAAAUAAUGCAGCAACUGUCACACUCAGAACUACUACAGACUAUUCUUUGGAAGAUUUUUCAAGCAUGAUGAGUACCAAUGUCGAAUCUCCUUACCACCUUUGUCAACUUGCACAUCCUCUCUUGAAGGCCUCAGGCAAUGGAAGUAUUGUAUUCAUCGCCUCCAUCGCUGGUAUAAAAGCUUUGCCUAGACUAUCUGCCUACGCAGCAACAAAAAGCGCUGUCAUCCAGAUUUCAAAGAAUUUGGCUUGUGAAUGGGCACAGGAUAGUAUUCGGGCAAACACUGUAGCACCAUGGGCUGUCAAUACCGGGGCUAAACCUGAUAAUGAUGAGCAUUCUGCUGACUUUAGACGCUUAAUAGGUCGAACUCCCAUCCGUCGCGUUGCGGAGCCUAAUGAAAUUUCAUCCUUGGUGACUUUCCUCUGCCUUCCUGCUGCUUCAUACAUCACUGGACAAGUUGUUAGUAUUGAUGGAGGAUUUACAGUUAGCGGUUUCUAGUAUACUCAAAACUCAAAAUACAGGUUGCCAAAUCAACAACCUGUGUACUCCCUAGUUUGUUUAUAGUUCCAUAUUUCUUGGUCAAUAAGGUUUGUGCAAACAGUAAAAAGAAAAAAGAAAAAAUUGCUGUCCGCGGACAAGUCCUUGUAAUUUUGUGUGUACUAUAUAAAAAUAAGUUUUGGAUUUGUUUUUGCUCA